AUGGGGCUCCUUUGGACCGGCACUUGGAUCCUGGUGUUGGUGAUCCACAUUGGCCCGCUUCAAGCUUUCCCCAAACCGGGAAGCAGCCAAGACAAAUCUCUACAUAAUAGAGAAUUGAGUGCAGAAAGACCUCUGAAUGAACAGUCACAUGAUCCAGACGGCCUUCAUCAACUAGAUGGAACUCCUUUAACUGCUGAAGACAUUGUCCACAAAAUUGCUGCCAGGAUUUAUGAGGAAAACGAUAGAAGAGUGUUUGACAAGAUUGUUUCUAAACUGCUGAAUCUUGGCCUCAUCACAGAAAGCCAAGCACACACACUGGAAGAUGAAGUAGCAGAGGUUUUACAAAAAUUAAUCUCGAAGGAAGCCAACAAUUAUGAACAGGAUCCCAAUAAACCCACAGGCAGGACUGAGAAUCAGGCUGGAAAAAUACCAGAGAAAGUGACUCCAGUGGCAGCAAGUCAAGAUGGUUUUACUAAUGGAGAAAACGAUGAAACAGUAUCUAACACUUUAACCUUGACAAAUGGCCUAGAAAGGAGAACUAAAACCUACAGAGAAGACAACUUUGAGGAACUCCAGUAUUUCCCAAACUUCUACGCACUACUGAAAAGUAUCGAUUCAGAAAAAGAGGCAAAAGAGAAAGAAACACUGAUUACUAUUAUGAAAACGUUGAUUGACUUUGUGAAGAUGAUGGUAAAGUAUGGCACAAUAUCUCCAGAAGAAGGUGUUUCCUACCUUGAAAACUUGGAUGAAAUGAUUGCUCUUCAGACCAAAAACAAACUAGAAAAAAAUGCUACUGACAACAAAAGUAAGCUUUUCCCAGCACCAUCAGAAAAGAGUCAUGAAGAAACAGACAGUACCAAGGAAGAAGCUGCUAAGAUGGAAAAGGAAUAUGGAACCCUGAAGGAUUCUACAAAAGAUGAUAACUCCAACCCAGGAGGAAAGACAGAUGAACCGAAAGGGAAAACAGAAGUCUACUUGGAAGCCAUCAGGAAGAAUAUUGAAUGGCUGAAGAAACAUGACAAAAAUGGAAAUAAAGAAGAUUAUGACCUUUCAAAGAUGAGGGACUUCAUCAACCAGCAAGCCGAUGCAUAUGUGGAGAAAGGCAUUCUUGAUAAGGAAGAAGCCAAGGCCAUCAAGCGCAUUUACAGCAGCCUGUAAAAAUGGCAAAAGAUCCAGGAGUCUUUCGACUGUUUGAGAAAACAUAAUAUAGCUUAAAACACUUCUAAUUCUGUGAUUAAAGUUUUUUUUGACCUAAGGAUCAGUAGAAAGUGCUGAAUUUACAGUAGUUAACCUUUUAGAAGUGGUUAAAACAUAGCUUUCUUGCCAUACAAACUACCUGAAAAGUAAAGUUGUAUGUAAGCUGA